UUCUUAAGUUACAAACAUUGUCGAGUUUGUACACAAACAGUAAACAUGUACAAGGUUGUGCUUUUGGUCUGCGCUCUGGCGCUCACGAUCCAGUCCAUUGCUGGAGCAUGCAUUGGAGCUGGAUUGGGUGUCGGACCCUUCGGUGUUGCUGGACCUCUCGGCCUCGCUGAACCUUUUGGUUACGGCGGUCCUUUGGGUCUUGCUGGACCUCUUGGCCUCGCUGAACCUUUUGGUCUCGGCGGACCUUUGGGUCUUGUUGAACCUUUCGGACUCGCUGAGCCUUGUGGUCUAGGUCCACUAGGUGCUCCUUACGGAGCAUACGGUGCCUACGGUCUCGGCUACGGCAUCGGCAACUAUGCUGGACCUUUCCGUGCUGGUUUGGGAUUCGGAGCUUACAUCUAAAAGGAGAUACUUCGAGCUAUUAAUUAUUUAUUAGUCUUGGAUUAUUUUUCGACACCAAACAUAUAUUUUGAUUAAGUAAUUAGCUUGACUAUUACAUCAAAUAUGAAUGGCGUCAUCACACGUAUAUAUUCAAUAAUAAAAUAUUUAUGUUAUAUUUA